CAGCGUCGAUAAACGAGCAUCGAGAAUGGGUAUAUAAGCUCUCUGAAUUCCCUCGAAACUCAAAGUUAUAAUCACCAUCGCAGACCAUCAAACCUUAGUCUUCAGUCUCUACAGCUCUCUUCAGCUCUCCUUAGCCCAAUACGAACAUUCUCUGCCUCUUCAGGUCCAACUCCUUUACAAUAUCCAAAAUGCAGUUCAACAUUAUCACCAUCUUCGCUUUGGCCGCUGUUGCCACCGCUGCCCCUGCCGAGGUCGUCGAGGCCCGUACUACUUACACGGGCACGGGCUCCUGCUCCAACAGCCAGCCGAACGAAGUCUGCUGCUCUGGCCUCCUUCUGGAUUGCGUCCUGAGCCUAGGCAACCCCUGUGGCGGCCAGGCCUACUGCUGCAACAACAAUGUUCUCAAUGGUAGUGGCGGCCUUCUCAACCUCAACCUCAACCUUCUUAACUGUGUUGAUAUCCUCUAAGUGAAAUUUAAUGCUAAGGACUUGUGGGAGACGACAGCAAAUGGAGGACUUGAACUCGGGAAGGAUGAUGGGAUAUACUCUUUAUGAGUGAUUGAUUUUGAUUUAAUUUGUCACGGCCUGACUACACUCGUUUAGAUUUGAAAUAUUAUAACUUUGCCAUUCGAAA